CCAUACCAUGGUGAUUACAUUUGCUAAUCCACUCACAACGUCCAACAUCCCAGCAUACAUUGCGCUACGGUCUUCCGGUGAGAGAGGACACAAGAAACAGUCCAAGUGUUGACAUAGUGAGACCGCCAGCUAGCCAGCAUGUCUGAUGUUAUUGAGGAGAAGAUAAAGAACUACAGGACGGCUCCCUUUGACGCCCGCUUCCCCAACACCAACCAGACCCGCAACUGCUUUCAGAACUAUCUGGACUUCCACAGGUGCAACAAAGCUUUGUCAGACAAAGGCCAGGAUGUGGCUCCCUGUGACUGGUACCAGAGGGUCUACAAGAGUAUCUGUCCCAUGAGCUGGGUCGCCAAGUGGGACGACCAGAUAGAGGCCGGAAGCUUUCCCGGCAAGAUCUAAAAUGGCUAACCUCAGGACAUUCUGUUAGCCACACCUUCAACUUUGACCCCUGUAGCGUGCCUAAGGACAUGUGUUGACCACGUACCACACCAUUCUAAAUGUUAUUAACAGUGUUACUUAUGUUACAAGCACUUAAUAAAAAUACGCCCCCGUUUUGAA